UCACCUUAAAUAUUGGGGAAAAGGCGGGAUAAGAAAGAAAGAAUAAAGGAAUUGUUUAAUAUCAAGGCAACGGGAGUCACCCCUCUGUAUGAAAUGGAGCAGUCUGGGCACCGUUAGAAGAGACCAGAAUUGGGAGGAACUACUUUGCGGAGAGGGGCGUUUCAUAACACAGAAGCCAACAGUCUAGCGGUCCCAGGGCUGAACCAGCCCAGCCUGCAGGCCGAGUUCCUCUCCGAGGCGUGGCUUCUGGCAAGGGGCGAAGGCAACCCGGCCAGCCAGAAGGAGCCUGGCUGAAACUGGAAGGGGAAGCUUCUGACCGGUUUGCAAAAGCGGGUUUCACCGGGAAGAGGAAGGUGCCCUGCAGCUCCAGCAGCGAACACAAUGCUGCCCCGCAGAGUGUUUUCAUUAAGCAAGGCCUGUCCUCUCCUGGCUAGGAAUCUGACAUCAUCCACCAGUGGCUUUCAGACUACUAUGGAGGAAGGACAGUUACCGAUUCAUGUGAAUAAUGUGCGAAAUAAAUUGAGAGAGAUAGUAGGAGCAUCUACUAACUGGAGAGACCAUGUACAAGCAAUGAAUGAACGCAAAGCCUUACAUACACUCCUUGCUAAAAGCCAGGCUGACUUGCCUCCAAGGAAGAUGAGUGACAGCUAUAUAGAAGUUAUCUUGCCUUUGGGAAGCCAGCCUGAAAUAAGAGAGAAAUACCUUAAUGUGCACAAUACAGUCAGGUUUGGCCGAAUUCUUGAAGAUCUUGAUAGCUUAGGAGUUCUUAUUUGUUAUACGCAUACAAAACAUGAUGCUGCUCAGCGAUCUCCUCUGUCUAUUGUUACAGCAUUGGUGGAUAAAAUUGGUUUAUGGGAGCAACACAUUCAUCCAGAUCGCGAUAUCAAAUUCAUUGGGAAUGUUUCAUGGGUAGGGAGGACCUCAAUGGAAGUGAAAAUGCACAUGCUUCAGCUAAAUGAUGGUAUCUAUGGUCCUGUGUUAGAUGCAACGUUUGUCAUGGUGGCUCGUGAUCCAGAAAACAAAAGGCCAGCAUUUGUGAACCCAUUGAUUCUUGAGACCCCAGAAGAGAAAAAAAUCUUCAAUGAAGGAGAAUUGAACAAGACAAGAAGAGUUGAUUCUAGUAAAGCUUCCUUGCUAAAAAUGGCUCCUACUGCAGAAGAAAGAAAUAUUGUUCACAACUUGUUUCUUAAUACACUGGACACAAGGACAGUGAGUUUCCGGAGCCGUGUGUUGCCAUCCAACUCUGCUUGGAUGCAAGACACAUCAUUAAAGAGUUUGGAGAUCUGCCAUCCUGAGAAACGCAACAUUUUCAACAGAAUUUUUGGAGGAUUUCUCAUGAGGAAAGCAUAUGAAUUGGGAUGGGCUUGUGCCUACAACUUUGCAAACUCCAGACCUUAUGUUGUAGCUGUAGAUGAUAUUAUGUUUCAAAAGCCAGUUGAGGUUGGAUCCUUAUUGCUGCUUUCUUCCCAGGUAUGUUAUACUGAAAAUAAUUACACCCAGGUUCGGGUGCACAGUGAAGUUUACGAUCCAGAUUCCAGAGUGCAUCAUACAACAAAUGUCUUUCAUUUCACAUUUAUGUUAGAAAAGGAGAUACCAGAUAUUGUCCCCAAGACAUAUGGUGAAUCCAUGUUGUAUUUGGAUGGGAAACGGCAUUUUGAGUCAGCUAUGAAAGAAAACAAGGCAUAGUUAUCAACACAGUACAGCAAAUUUAUCAUUUUUGGGAUUGCCUUGGAAGUUUCACGAACAUGUUUAUCAGAAGAACAUAGGACAGAAUAUCUGAAAGAAUGCAAAAAUAUUACAAAGCAUUUAGUUUUUUACAUUGAUAUUAUCCUUUAUUGCUAUUUAUAUAAAUAAGUUCAGGCUGAUUUUGAUCAUUUUUUAUGCAAGGGGGAGUAGGUUUGUAUCAUGACUAUUGAAGUUGCCAAGAAGCGAACAAAGUUUUGAUAAGGGGAAAUAGGAUGUAAUAUGGAAUCCUAUUUUAAAGCUUUUUUUCUUUUUGACCCAUUAGUGCUGAUCAUAUAUAAUCUGUACCACUAUUGGAUUAUUAAACUGACUUAUAUUUAGCUACAUCAAUUGUAAAUGAUUACUCAGUUGCAUUAUGUAAAAGGCACAUCAUGUUUCAAAAGCCAGUUGAGGUUGGAUUCUUAUUGCUGCUUUCUUCCCAGGUAACAAAUUUAUUUUAUUAAACAAUUUUGAGACAGCACAUUUAUAUAAAUAUUUGAGCUUACUCUGAUAUGGAGAAGUGCCUUGUUGUCAGACCUUAGUUUGGGCAGUGUGGCCCAUCUCACUCAUGAAGUAAUAAUUCUGAGUGGAAAACAGAUAAAAAAUCUUUUGGACUCAAGCCUUGACAAAUUGGUUGGUAUGAAUUUAUAGAAAUCACUCCUGUAAUUGUUCUUAUAACUAUCAUAUGGCUUUACAAUAUGGCCUUAUUUAAGCUGCUCUUCAGAACAAAUCAUGAACCAUGGAGAGUCAGAAAAUAAUAACAGAUGAGUAGUGAUUGUAGUCUAGGCUCUGUUCAAGAGAGUUUUCCAAAAAAUCUAUAGCUGGUCACAACUGCCACAGGAAGCUGCUUAGAACUUGGUAGAAUUUAAUCAAGGGUUCACCAUGAAUCCAGCCUAGGAUACAUUCUCAUCAGAUGCUGAAAUGUUUUAAUAAGUAUGUAUGCUUUAAUUUAAAAAAUCUGUCUAACUGAAGUGAUAUAUUGAUUCUUUUAAGUUACACCUGGUACAGGAAUAUAUAUGCUAAGUUUAUUCAUGUCCUGUUUCUUACAGUUGUAUUAAUAAGAUUGAUUUGCUCAAGAAGGCAGUCUUCAGGUCCAAUGAACCUCCGGGCAAUGCCCUAAGGUUCACUGGAAAUGUAGCAAGUUUUUAAAUUAAUAAAGAUAGACAAAGAAUAUUGAAAGCCUGUCCAGCCAGUUUUGAUCUUCAGUGCAGUGUGAAGUUGCAAGGUACUCGAAACUUAAGUUUAUGAGUCAGCCAUUAAAUGCAAUAUAGAUUUAGCAUAUCAGAUCUGGAACACAUGUAUUUUGCAGCAUAUAAGGUUCCCAGUUAAAUCACCGGUAUCUCUAGUUUUGGGCAUCUUGGGUGUUGGGGGAAGAUAUUUCUACAAAUUGUCAAUUCCCAGGAAAUUGCCUGGUAGAUAAAUAAACAGAAAUUAGUCAUUGGGAUUAGCAGGGGGGGGGGGGCGGGCGGGGCGGGCGGGGGAGAUACCAGUGAUGUAACCUAUGAUAGUAUAUUAUAUUCUGGUACAGUAAUGCAGUCACCUUUCUUUUCAUACAGUGGGAAAAUAUUUCUGGUGACUAUGAAGAACAAGGAAGAGUGUAAAUAAACCUGAUAUUUGUAACUAUUUCCAAUAAUGUCGGUUAACUACUUCCUAUAUUUUUCCGACAUCUAAUCUGCUUUAACUGCAUGUAAUGUCCGUGCCAUUAAGAAAAGUUAGAUGUUUAAACUACUUAAGCAGAAUCUUAAAUUUAAACUAAUACAGUAAGGUGAAAACAUUAGGUCUUCACUGUUUUUCAGACUCUGCAUAAGACAAAUCGAAUGCCUUUUUAACAGGUGGGCUUUUAAUGCUGGGCUUACCAUGAGAGUUCUCCCAAAUGAAGCAAAACAUAAGUUAAGGUUGGAUUACUGAAGAUGAAUUACAUCUGUUAAUUGUACUUCAGAUAUUUUGGUUCUGUGGUUGAAUUAUUUACCACAAUAAUGUUUUCUACCAGUGUUCUGCUGUUGGACAUUGUUAGGUCGAUUGUGGAACAACACUUUCUUCUGCAGUUGGACACAAUCAGUACCCAAACUUACUGUAUCAGCUACUACUGAAUAUUCCAUUCCUAUUUGAGACAGAACAUUUGGUUUUCUGCAGAAGUUCCUUUCGGCAAGAAAAUGCCCACCACUGUUUCUUCUGGGGAUAAGGCGUCUCAGUCAUAUCCACCCUAACUUGUUACUGUGUUUCUAAUUCACUCCCCCCCCCCCCCCAAUAUAAACAUCUCUAAAAAUGGGCUGCAUUUUAGAAUUAUGGUGCCUUUUAUAUAUAAAUAAAGCAUUUUUCUGGAAAUAG